ACAAGCUAGUAAAACUAAUAAAAUUUUAACUAUUGCUAAAGAUACAUUUUCAAACACUGAGAUAUGUCAUUACAUUACACCGCAAUGUGGAAUAUUGCAACUAAUUAGUGACUUAAAGAACAAGCUAGUGUCAUUCACAAAACUGGACUAUUGUGUAAUACUUAUAGGAGAAGAGGAUUUCCGCAAAACAAACAAUUAUAUCGAAAUAGUUUUUGAAAUAAGAAAGACCCUGCAAGAAAUCCAGAAUACGAACAUCAUUCUCUGUGCGCCAACAUUCAAAUGUAAUGAUUAUUCUGAAAUGUUUAAACUGGAGAAUAGAGACGUUCAACUACUUGCUUUAUCUAGACAUUGACACUCAUAAAUACGCAACAUUAUUGGACUCUAAUCUGAAGUUAAUUUACGACUACUCUAUGUUUUCACAAUAUACUGGAAGAUUGAAUGAUGUUGGAAUGAAAAAUAUAAUGAACAAUAUUUUACUUUUAAUGAACACUAAAAAAUGUACUUCAGAUCUGAAGCCCUAGCACGAACAUCUUGCGAAAAAGUAUUCGUAUCGUUAACGUGAGCGUUUUGUAUGGAAACAUAAACAGCGCCUCUAGUGUGCGUAAUAUGAACUAAAUUUGUGAGCACGAACAUAAGUCAAGUAAGUUUCGUAUCGUAUUCGUAACGUAACUAUCGUAACCUUGAGUCGUUUGUAUGGAGAUAGGAAGCACGAAGGUAUAAAUUGACGUAUCGUAUCGUGAUUGUCGAAGGCUGGCUUGCGAGUUUUACGAAAGUUUAUUCACUUUAAAUUUGACAGUGACAAAACUUUCGUCAGAGUUUCUUGGAAGAUUUAAAUAGUAAUUAAGUGAUUGUGUGACCGAAUUUUGCUGAAAAAUGCUUAGAUUAACAAGAAGCACCCAUCGACGUAGCACGUUGUACCAUUAUUGUGCGGCGCGAUUGAUUGUUGAAAGUGGAAAUGUACGAAGAGAAACUAGAGAAAUCUCGAGGAGAGCUCUCCUCAGAAAAAAUAUAGCCAAUAUUAACGUGCAAUAUCUAAGCGAUACAGAAUUUAGAAAUAGAUUUCGUCUCAGUAAGGAAGCAUUUUUGCAUUUAUGUCGCGAAUUAAGGGUCAAAUCUAGUCUAAGACCAAGUAAAAGGAUCAGCCUGGAACAUAAAGUACUGUGUGCUUUAUCAUUUUAUGCUACAGGCUCCUACCAAAGAAUAGUAGGAAUGGCUAAAUGUUUAGGGCAAACCACAGUUAGUAAAUAUGUGAGACAGGUUACUGACGCCCUUGUAACCCCCUCAAUAUUAAAUUACUUUAUAAAAUUUCCUGCGACGCUAGAGCAGCGUAAUAUUAUAAAAAACAAAUUUUAUACAAAAUUUGGCAUCCCUGGAGUAAUAGGAUGCAUAGAUGGGUCUCAUUUUCAUAUAUUCUCUCCAAAAAGAGACAUUGAGCAUUUAUUUAUUUGCAGAAAGCAUUUCUACUCACUGAAUGUGCAAAUGAUAUGUGACAGUGAAUGCCGAAUUAUUAAUGUUAAUGCAAAAUAUGGAGGUGCGACCCACGACGCAUUUAUUUGGGAAAAUAGUCAAGCCAAUAGAUAUAUCCAGGUCAUAAAUAAAAAUAAUGAACAAGUUUGGUUUUUAGGUGAUUCUGGAUAUCCACAGAGGCCUUGGAUGAUGACACCAAUCCCAGAUGCUGCUGAAGGUACGCCAGAGGCAAAAUAUAAUACCAUCCAUGGGAAAGCCAGAGUUGUAAUAGAAAAUACAUUUGGUAGACUUAAAAAUAGGUGGAGAUGCCUUUGUAAGGACCGGACAUUACACUACACCCCCGAAAGAUGUGCAACUAUAAUUAUGGCAUGUAGCGUUCUACACAACUUAGCGAUAGAUUUUAUGGUGCCCGAUCCUGAAGAAGAUGUCAUAGAUUCUUUAGAAUUAGGAAUAUCAGCAGUUUCUUCAGAAGAACCUCUUCGCGAUCAUGGUUCUAGAGAUGAUUUGAUUCGCGGUAGAACACUAAGACAAAUAUUAGUGGAUAGAAUCAAUAGACUACACAUUGUUAAUAAUUAAUUUAAUUUUCCAUUUUUU